AUGGUGCUUCUCUCGCCCGUAGCGGUGAGGGCAGUAGUCCAGCUCCAGCGGGACGAAGGGCGGCAGCUUCUGCGGGAACUCCUGGGAUGGGAACCCUUCAAUGAAGUCUGGGACCUGCAACGUAGCAUCCGGCUGGACAUCCUCUACAACAGCAUCAUGUUCGCCGCAAGGAAAGGCCUCUCCUGGGCAGCAGUGGCGACAGUUGGGAAGCUCGCGGAGGAGCUCCUCGAGGAGAUGAAAGGUCUAACCAUCUCCGAGGCCCUCAAAGUCUUCCACGAAAAGCUCUCGGCAUGCGAGCCAAAGCUGAGACCGCUGAAGCCGGGCAUCUUGUGCGAUUACUUUCUCAACACAUACUUCAAGCAUUUCCACCUCUACCAGUUCGUGCUGUGCAACAAGAGGGCAGUGCAGCAGAGCUAUGCAACCCUGGAGGUCUGCGUGCCCCCGCAGCCUCUCCCGUUGGAGGCUGGUGUGGAAGUAGAGGUUGAAAAACACCAGCGGCAAAUUGCUGCCCUGUCGGAGGCUGAGGCCCGCAAACGUACUGAUGUGUUGCAUCUCCAAAAGAUACUGAGGGCGGAGAAGGAUACCAUGCUGGAGAAAGUGUACAAAAAGGUGGAAGACCCAUGUGAGAAGCUAGACAAAGAGAGAUUGGAGUCCUUAGUGGAGGAGGUGAUCAAAGUCGAAGCAGAAACCACACGUGAGAUCUUCCAGGCUGAGAUCCAGGCCACCUUUGAAAUCCUGGAGCUGAGACUCCAAAAGAAGAUGUUAGCCUUGAAACCGCCUGUUUCUAAUCUUCCACCUCUUGUCCCCGAUGUCCAAACCAAGAAGGCACCUAAACCUCGAGAAAGAAAAAAGAAGAAAUAA